AUGCCUCUCUUCUCCCGGUUUAAGAACAAGGGAGCGCAGCCGACGUCGAAGGACAAGACGCAGGUCACCAAUGGCAAUGAUGUCGCUGCGAAACGUCCUACAUACCAGUCGAGAUGGGAGAGCACGACCAUUGUGCCGGCGGAGGUUCAAGAGCUGGUGCACAUCUGCACGGCAGAGAUGAAGUCUCGCGCGGAGGCCCUCGAUGCGCCCUUCUUCCUCCUCCCCUUCCGACCUGAUUCCCACCCUAUCAGCGCCCGCACUUUCAUCCGUAACUACUACAAAGCCAACGCCGAAGGCUCAACCCAAUACCGCGGUGAAGCUCUCAAGCAAGAACUUCGCCUCACCGACUCCGUCGUCCUGUGCAGCAUCAUGAAGUGGUGCUGGAGCCGCAUGCCCGCGGGCGUGGUCACCUGGCCAGUCUACGAGGGUUUCCGCAUCGGCGAGAAAGAGGCCGACCUGGCGCGCAACGCGUUCAACACGUUCAUCCCGAUGGGUGUCGACUCCGAGGCGAGGAGGAGUAUCAUCUUCGACUUUUUCGAUCUGUUGGCGAGUGUGGCGGCGCAUGGCAAGUUGAAUGGAUUGGGUGGGAGGAAGCUCUCGCGUCUAGCGGGAUGGUGGGCGUUUGAGCAUUCGGAUGAUGGGAAGGGGUUCGAGGGCGGGUAUAAAUGCUGGCAGAGCGCGGCGGAUGCGUGCAGUCAUUUAUUCUUUGCGUAUCUGCGCUCGCUGUCGCCGGAUACGAAUCCGUCGAUGAAUGUCAUUGAGCGCAUUCCGCGUUCGCUGCAGGCGCUUGUGGCUUCGACGGAGUACCCACCGGAAACGCCGAGCAUGCUGCAGAGAUCGACUGCGAGAGUCGUCAUGGUCGUCGACAACGUCUCGCCCACGCCGUUCGCUUUACUUCGCAGAGCUAAGAACUUUGAGUACAGGGAUCGCGAUCGAGUGUUGCGGGAGUUUGCCGAGUUUGAGGAUCCAAUCGAUGCUCUGACGGAGGAGUGCAAGCGGGUGUUGUGGGCGAUUUCCUCCACGAACCAGUCUCAGACGAAAGCGGUCACAUCGAGUCACGGACUGCCGGGUUUGCCGAAGCCGGAUGAGUCGUGGUCUGCGUUCCAGAACAUGGGUUUCGGCGAUAUUGACGAGAGGGCUUUGUCGAAAGGUCCUGAGGGAAUGAAUAAACCUUCCAGCAUGAUUGGCAGCAGUCUUCGGUCUGGACCGCAUUCGAGAGGUGACGAUUUCGGCCGACCCACGACGCCAUCUUGGGGAGACUUUCUCUCUUCUGGAUUCGCCGAUGAUGGGAAGCCUUCAACACUGCUGUAUCCACCUACAGAAACGCUUCCACCCUUGGUACAACGUUCGGCCUCUUUCGGCAGACUGGAGGGCAUCAAUGAGGCUCUCGCUCCGGGAGAGCUUGCUGCGAUUACCAAUGUCGAGCUGGACGAUGCUUUCUGGUGGGUGUGGAUGACGAGCUUGGCAGGAGAGGAGCCGACUGGGCGAAAAGCUGUUUUCGGUCGUUGCGCGCUCAUCGAGACGACCAUCAUGAAUGGGAAGUGGCUGAUCAUGGAGGAGCAAGUCAAGGGUGCUGCGCCGGAUCCUGCGGAGGGAGCGUUCAUCGCGCCGAAGAAGAGUCUGUUCAGCUUCACCAAGCGGAAUAAGACGGGAACGAAAGAGUCGAAGAAAAAGUCCCACAACGAGGUGCCUCCGCCGCGUGCGCUCUCGGCAACUCCGAGCAAAGUGAGCAUCACCACGGAUCAACACGCGAAGAUCAAGGCUGCUGCACGAGCUUUGACCACACAGAAUGAGGAAAAUUCGAGUCCAGAAGCCACCCGACGCGGUAGACACGAGGAGGGCACUGCUUCGAAGACUACGAGUACCAUGACUGUGGGACUGGGUAGUGAGGCUGCACCGGCGAUGCAGUGGGCCAAGGCGUACGACAAGCAUGCCAUUCGUGCGGCGUACUUGGGUGAUAAUCUGGCCGGUACUGGAAAGUCGCGAGAGGAUCUCGUCCGCCAGAUCUCGUCCAAUUCAUUGACUACCGAGGAGAAGAAGCCUGUAAGGGCAACUUCUCCUCGACCGCCACCGCUGGAUCUUCAGAAGACUGAGCGUGACCUUCCUGCUGUGCCGCUGCCGGAGCCACCGGUCGCUGCAGCUCCUCCGCCUGUCCACCCAGCAACACGAGCUCCGGCUGCGCAACAAAAGGAUCCGGGCACCCCUAAGAGCGCAACAUUCCUCGCGGCACAAGCGGCGAUGCAAUCUAGAGCAUCUCCGCCACCUCAGAAUACCAGCAAGCUUCAAAAGGGUCCCACCACCAACAACGCCGGACUGCGCAAAUUCUUCGGCAAGAAGACGACUGUCAACGAGCCUCCUCCACGAGUGAGCAGCCAACAAGCAUCGAGUCUCGCACCACCACAAUCCGAGAAUGGAAUCAGCCGCCGCUUCUCCCAAAUGCGCAAAAACACAAGAUCUCCUCCGACAACCUCUCCGACCACCCAAUCCAAACCAUCCAACUCCGCUGCCGUCGCCGCCGCACGCGCCGCAACCUCCAAGGAACCCGUCCUCGACAUGUCCAGUCCCAACCCCUACCCCGCCGACGACCUCUCCCGCACCAGCACCCGCGAAGAAGCCGACGCCGUGCACGAGUUCUCCCGCUUCGACCAAGGUCCGCUGAUGGACAUCCCGUCCGCCGUCACUCUCGACUCGGAAGACGACCGCUCGACCCACAAGUCCACGAAUUUGACGCCCGACUAUGAGCGGAGAGCAGAGGAGUCGUAUGAUCCGCAGGUCGUCCAGGAUCGCUGGGCGACGAUCCGAGAGAAUGCGCAUCGGAGAGCGAAGAGGGGGAGUGAGGAUCAGAGUGCGAGGAGUGGCAUGAGUCAGAGUCAGAGGACGGAUGAUGGGGAGACGUCUGGGGAGGAGACGAUCGAGUCGAGAGUCGCGAGGAUCAAGGCGAGGGUUGCGGAGUUGACGGGGAAUAUGGAUAGUGCUGUUAAUGCGCGGCCUUGA